AGGAAGAUUGAGCCGCAGACAUGACCACGAGCUCAUCACUCAACCGGACAUAACCUUGACGAUCCUCGUCUGCUGCUGCUGCUGCCGCCGCCACACACUGGAGCACAGGCGAUAGUGUGUGUGUGUGUGUGUGUGUGUGAAGGUGCGCUCAGGCGUUGCUAUGAGAUUCAGAGAGCUGCAUCUUCAUCAGUGUGCUCCUGCAUGUGUGUUCCUUUAGCGUUCAGCUCAACGAAUGGGAAAAGAGAGUCUGCAGUGACCGUCAAAUGAGUGAGUGUGUGUGAGUGUGCAUGUGGAGGAAAGGGUAGAAAAGGUCAGACAGGUGUAGAGAGUGUGUAUUUGUAGCACAGGGUAAGAUGCACGAGCAGGUAGAGGGUCCUACACCCUGAAAAGAGAGAUAAAGCAGUGCAUGUGGACAGUGUGUGUGUGUGAGACUGAGAGAUGCAGUAUGGUUGAAGUCUCUGUGUCUCAGCAUCAUCAGAUUUUCUGCUGCAGAUGCUACACUAGCUCAUCUCCGCACUAGAGCGCUACCCUGACACACACACACACACACACGGACGGUCGCACGGACGGACGCACACAGCUGCGGCUUUCAAGAGGAGCCCGAGAUAUCCGUUCAAAGGUCAACAGGGGGACACUGGAAGAGUUGCCGAGGGCAGAGGUCGUGACAAUACCUGAAGGUCAGAGGUGGAGUGAGAGCAAAAAGCACGGCAUCAUGGGCGAGUGGACUAUACUGGAGAGAUUGCUGGAGGCUGCGGUACAGCAGCACUCUACUAUGAUCGGCAGGAUCCUGCUGACCGUAGUGGUGAUAUUCCGGAUCCUGAUCGUGGGUAUAGUGGGAGAGAAGGUGUAUGAGGACGAACAGAUUAUGUUUAUUUGUAACACGCUGCAGCCAGGUUGCAACCAGGCCUGCUACGAUAAAGCCUUCCCCAUCUCCCAUAUCCGUUACUGGGUUUUCCAGAUCAUCUUGGUGUGCACGCCCAGCCUCUGUUUUAUCACUUACUCAGUGCACCAGUCUGCCAAACACAAAGAUCGCAGUUACAGUCUCCUGCACGGCCCUUACAUCGACCACGGACAUGGACAAAACCGCAAGCUCCGCAACAUCAAUGGUAUCCUGGUGCACCCGGAAAGUAAAGACGACCGUGACUGUCUGGAUUUGAAAGACAUCCCCAACAUUCCGCAGGGGGUCACGUACUCCAAAAGUGCCAAGAUUCGUCAACAAGAGGGCAUCUCUCGUUUCUACGUCAUACAGGUGGUGUUCCGGAACGUUCUGGAAAUUGGCUUUCUUGCCGGCCAGUACUUCCUGUACGGAUUCAAUGUUCCCGCCAUGUUUGAGUGCGAUCGCUACCCCUGCGUGAAGGAGGUUGAAUGCUACGUGUCACGUCCCACGGAGAAGACAGUUUUCCUGGUGUUUAUGUUCGCGGUUAGCGGGAUCUGCGUGGUUCUAAACUUGGCCGAGCUCAACCAUCUGGGCUGGCGGAAGAUUAAGGCGGCGAUCCGUGGCGUCCAGGCUCGCAGAAAGUCCAUUUGUGAGAUCCGGAAAAAGGAUGUGUCCCACCUCUCAUCUGUGCCCAACCUGGGCCGCACCCAGUCUAGUGAAUCGGCCUAUGUCUGACAGCGAAUAGGGGAGGGGCUUAGACGAGGUUGGGUGUGGCUGAUGAGGCGACGGCCACGCCCUGUGCUGCAUACUUGACACUGCUAAUUUUAUGCAUAGAUCGGACAGGGUGAGAGAGGGGUAGGGUGAAAAUAAAAAAGCAAAUGAACCAGUGAGGACUGUAGAAAAUCAGAUUUAGGAUUCUUAACUUUAUGGAGAAAAAACUGCUUUUUCAGACUUUAAUGAUGAUUGCUGGGGAACAGAACAAGGGCUCAUACUUGGUACACAAACACAUUUACACCGCAAACACACACACACACACACACACACAUUGAUAUCCCUGAGCCCCGCUGAACAACAAAAGUCUUCCAACAGAAAAAGAGAAACUUAAGAAACAAAAUGUAAUUGCUUGCUGUCAAAAGAGGUGGAGGGAUAAAGCGAGAGGACUACUCAGCAUGUGACUCAGAAGCAUUGUAAAAUAUGAACAAUUUUCUCCAGGGUCAACGCUGAGACAUCCCUCAUGUUUUGAACAGCCAGAAAGAGAAAAAAGGAGGACAAACAAAAGAGUAUAAAAAUUUACCUCAGCACAGACUCCUCUAUGCCUCUCCCCCACUUGCUUUCUUUCAUUUCAUUUCUUUCUUUCUGCAUAGUUUUAUAGAUAUAGCUAUUAAGUAUACAAGGCAAGAAGAGAAGAAAAAACGAACAUUCAUCUUCUGAUAAGCCACCCCCACAUUUGCUGGGAGCUAAAAGAGACGCAAAAAAUCAACAUUGACACACCACAGUCCCCAGUCCAAAUUCCUUUGUUUCACUAACCCCCAAAUCAUUACUGUACAUAUCUUAGAAUACUGAUAUCGCAACAUCCAUGUAUUUAACACACUGAAGUGUAGCUUUUGCCAUUAUUUAAAAAGAAUUGAUUGCCAAAAAGAAAAAAGAAGAAAAAAAAGAAAAAAGAAAAAAACAAUAAUUGUGUUAUUUAUCUGCACUUGUUCUGCAAUGGACAGGAAAAAUUGUGAUUUUAUACUAUGGGCAUUUCCAGACAAAGGCAUGUUACGAUGCAUCAUUAGAAUGGCUAGAUAGUGUACGAGCUGUGUAUAGAAACAGACUGUUUCUUUUUUGCACCCAGUAUUUUUGAGGUGAAUUCUGAAGCAUGCGGGAGGAGAUCUAUAACUCUAUGGGAAUGACCGAGAGAGUCUAUACUGAGAACGGCUCCAAUGCAGCAAUAAUAUAUAGAUAUAUAUAAAUUAUAAAUAAAUAUAUGUCAUAAAAAUAAAUGAAUAAACUAUUAAAAAAUAAAAUGAAUUAUA